AUGGUCGACAACACAUCGUCGUCCGAACAGACAGUGCGCGAUUGUGAAGCUUAUAUUGCAAAACAUGAUAUUCAAAAUUUAUUACGCGACUGUAUCGUUCAAUUAUGUUUAAAAAAGCCAUCGAAUCCAAUACAAUUUCUUGCUGACUAUUUUGAUAAACUUGGUAAUCAGACAGCAGCAUCAUCAGCAUCAUCAACAACAAAAAAACCUAGUAUGCGUCAACAGCAAACCGCAUCACCUACUGAACCAGCAAGUAAGCAACAAUCAACAAAUGGUAGUGUUGCAGGGGAAAAUGAUGAUCUUGGUGAUUUAAAUGAAACAUCUGGUGGUAGCAGUGCUCAUCAAAAUCAAUCAACAUCAAAUACUUCUGUUAAAGCACGUGAGCGUCGUGGUGCAGUUUCUGCUGAACCAUAUAAAGAGGAAGAUGCAACAUCAUAUGUAAAAACCGUUAUACCGAAAGAUUAUGCAACAAUGCAAGCAUUAAGUAAAGCUAUUCAAUCGAAUUUAUUGUUUUCACAUUUGGAUGAUAGUGAAAAAUCGGAUAUAUUUGAUGCCAUGCAACCAUUUAACCAUAAACCUGAUGAAACUAUAAUUCAACAAGGCGAAGAAGGAGACUUUUUUUAUAUUAUUGACCAAGGCGAAGUUGAAGUUUAUGUUAACAAUAAAUGUGUCACAGCUAUAUCAGAUGGAGGUAGUUUUGGUGAAUUAGCACUUAUUUAUGGUACACCACGUGCAGCAACAAUCAAAGCUAAAUCGGAGUGUAAAUUAUGGGCUAUUGACCGCAAAACUUAUCGACGUAUUUUAAUGGGUUCAACAAUUAAAAAACGUAAAAUGUAUGAAGAAUUUUUAUCGAAAGUUAAAAUUCUUCAGGAACUUGACCAAUGGGAACGUUUAACUGUUGCUGAUGCUCUUGAACCAGUACUGUUUACUGAUGGUGAUAAUAUUGUUGUACAAGGCGAAAAAGGAAAUGAUUUCUUUAUUAUUGUCGAAGGCACUGCUGUCGUCUAUCAAAAACCAUCGGAUGAGGAACCAGCUGUUGAAGUGUCAAAAUUAGGUCCUUCUGAUUAUUUUGGUGAAAUCGCUUUAUUAUUUGAUCGCCCUCGUGCUGCAACAGUCAAAGCAAAAGGACCAUUGAAAUGUGUUAAAAUGGAUCGUUAUCGAUUUGAACGUGUGCUUGGACCUAUAUCGGAUAUUCUUAAACGUAAUGUUGCACAAUAUAAUUCUUUUAUCAAUUUGGCUGUUUAA